UCAUAGCGCCAUCAAUUGCACGACCGCUGACGCACGUCUGACGCGUUUGUCGCAUGUCUGAGGUACUCGCAUCUGCACUAAAAUUCUACUGCUUCUGUAAUUCCUACUCCUCAGCGAGAUCGGCAUGCGGUGAGGGGGCGAUUGCAUUGGCCGAGCCGACCAACGUCGGACGCAGCGUUCAAUCGACGAAGCAGGCACCGUGGCGAGGCGAGUGACGAUAAUACAUUCGGGAAUCUCCAUCGGCGCAUUCAUCAGAAGGGCCGCGUUUUUACGACGCGAUUCGCGAUCCAGUAAACUCUGACGAAGAUCAGAGCGAUCCAGAGCGGUUUCCUGAACAAACCCCGUCCCGGCCCUGUCCAAUUCUGAUCCACUGCUGCAGAGCACUGCACCAAUAAACGUGUCGCCUCACUCACAGGCCCCCAUAGCCGUCGAGCUCCGGCCUCCGAAGGACCAAUGCCCGCGCACAGUCAAUUCCCACACCACUGCAGUAAUUAUGGAAACUCCGGGUUACUGCAGUAGAGUAAAGUUAACAGACAGACGAAGGACCGAACCACGUCGACGGACGCAGUAAGGCCGCUCAGGGAGAUGGAGACAUCCACAGGGCAACCACGAUCGACCAACCGCGUGACUUCCUCGGUCUGGGUUCGACUCUACUCAGUAUGCCGGAGCGCAGUCGUGUGGGGAAGCGAGGGGUCGGUCGAUUCGAGUCUCGGAGCUGGAGGGGAAGAAAGAAAGCGAGCGACGGGAAAGCGGGGCCGGACGGAGGGCGGCGACGGAAGGACGGAAGGACGGAAGGCGGGCGACGACGACGUCACUGCUUCCCUAUCUGCUCGUGAGCUGCGGGCUUCGAAAGCUGCAAGAAAGCUGGCUGCCGGAUUUCCUUCUUCACGUGCCCCGAUGGCAUCCCGCAAGCAAUUCGUGCCUCGGAUUGUUUAGAGCACGUCUCCGGAGUCGCGAUCGUUGCCUAUAGUUCGAGGGAGGGAGAGGGGCUGGUUCAGAAUUUGGUGCAACAGGAGCAUGCGUCGUCGGGCCGAUGCUCUAGGAUUGAUCGAUAGAUAGAUUGAUUGAUUGAUUUGUUGAGUGAUUGAUCGGUCUUAGCGAGGAAAAUCGCGAGAGGGAGGGAGGGCGAGGGAACGGAUGUGAAGCAAUGGCAGGCACGCUGCCUGCCAAGGCCAGUCCCAGGGGUAGCUUGGAUUUUGAUGCGGAUGUGGCCGGUGCUUCUCCCACGCCCGAAGCAGGUAGUGCGCCUGGAAGUGGUGGUAAUGGGAGGCGAUUGGCUCGGAGUUUGGUGAUUAAAGGUUUAUGCCUUGUAGGUGGAGCUUUCUUGCUCAAGCAUUUGACUAAAACUACCACUCGCCGUGAUCACGCGCGUAUUGUCGCGCAGUCGCUCAGCGGAGAAAAGUUUUCCACGGAGCAAGCGGCUCGAGAUCCUAUGACAUAUUUCAAUCUCAGGUUACUGACAUGUCCGGCUACUGUACUCGCGGACGGAGCACGAGUUUUGUACUUUGAGCAGGCAUUCUGGAGAACUCCUGAGAGGCCCUACAGACAGAGGUUUUACAUGGUGAAGCCGUGUCCAAAGGAGAUGAAGUGCGAUGUGGAGGUGGCAUCGUAUGCAGUAAGGGAUAUUGAGGAGUACAGGAACUACUGUGAUCGACCAAAGAAUCAAAGGCCACAGCCAGUGGAAGUUGUUGGGGACAUGGCGGAACACCUCACAACAGUAUAUCUAUCAAAAUGUGAACGAGGCCGAAGGUGUCUCUACGAAGGUUCUACUCCCCCUGGGGGCUUUCCCAACUCGUGGAAUGGAGCCAGCAGAUGCACUUCAGAGUUGACCAUCUUCAAGACGGGUGAAAUACACUGCUGGGAUCGUGCUUAUGAUGAUGAAGGAAACCAGGUCUGGGGAGUCCGGCAAGGGCCUUAUGAAUUCAAACCUGGAAACUCAAGUACAAGUGGUAUUAUGUCAGAGACGGAUUUCAUAAACUCGUUACAAAAGGACGAUAAGGCUGUCGCCACCCUUUCUUCUUCCUAAUAACGGGCAAUUGGACUUUGGGUAAUGAGAAUAUUCCGAAUACAUUAUCCAGCAAAUUUGUGAGUUGAAAAGUCAUGGAAGUGAGACAAUGAGCUUCCAGGGAUGUUUGGCUUGCGAUUUCCAACAACUGGUAAUAGAGAGCUGGUUAGAAUGUGUAGGAGUGUUUGGAUUAGCGAUUUUACACAAUCAAGCAGGCGACAAAAGUUGGCGCCUGAAGAGAUUGAAGGUAAUAUUGCUAACUUGUAAUUGUAGUGUUCAGAUCCAGUGUCCUUGUACAGUAUAUUUGGCUCAAGGAAGAAGACGUGUAAAAUUGAAUGCGCUCUCUCAUUGGUCUGAACAUAAGGCAAGGGGUUGCUUGCACUGCAUACCAUGUUUUGAAAUCAUGUCACUUGAGGAAGGUGAAAAAGCG